CUUGCUUGCCUACGCUCCCUGUAGAAGUACAUAGUUCUUGCUUUCCUUUGGCUGAAUUGUGGGGCAGCCCGGGUGGCAGCCCUACUAGUUCUUAUCCCCCGCCCUUCAGGGUGAGCUACGUCAUCAUUAGCCGCUCUACCCAGAGAUACACCCAGUACGUAGGGUAAGGCAACCAAUCAGGGGAGGGAGACUCUCUGUGACGCACAGUUUCCUCCCCCCUUAUAUGGACAGCUGACGACAACAAUCAACCCCCACCCUUUGGUGCCCCAGUCCAGGGGUUAGACCCACAACUCGAUGCGUUCUUUAGCAUAGGGUUAUCAUUAGCAGAACAACUUGACAUAGUUAAAGACGUCUUUUCUUCAUUCCCCGUGAUUUUGCCAUAAAAAUAAUCUUUGGAGAUCAGAGAUAGUACUUCUUACGUGAUGACACAGUGGAUAUGUUUCUCUUAUUGAAUCAAAGUGCCUGUUGACGUGCAUUUCAAAAAUCCUGUUUUGUCUAUGGACCUUCCAGCUCGGGAGUUUAUUAAUACCUGUCCUGUACCAGUAACAACUGAAAGUGGAUCAGGCCUGGGGCCGGGCCCUGUGCCUGGUCAUGGGCCAAUUACGAGGCCCACCACUCUACCAGCAUCUACAGUGACAACUCCAGCAACUGUAAGCAACAGGGUUCUUGCAAGAAAUGCAAAUGGUACAAUAGCUAUGACAUCACAACCUACAAACGAAUCUGAGCUUCAACUAUAUAGAGUGCUACAAAGAGCCAAUUUACUGUCGUACUAUGACACUUUCAUUUGCCAAGGUGGUGAUGACGUGCAGCAACUUUGUGAAGCUGGGGAAGAAGAGUUUUUAGAAAUUAUGGCAUUGGUGGGAAUGGCUAGCAAACCUUUGCACGUUCGCAGGUUACAGAAAGCCUUGCAGGAAUGGGUCAACAACCCAGCUAUGUUUCAAACGCCUUUAUUGCCGUCAUCUGUCCCUCAAAGUCCUUAUCCAGUUAGUCCUCCAGUAGUUAGACCUUUGAACCUUUCUCAACCAUCUCCUGUGGCACCUAUGCAACCAAGCCCACCUAUGCCUAUUUUAAGUAAUAGUAAUAGUCAAUCAUCACCAUCUCCCGGUGCUAAAGAAGCUUCAUCUCCUCAACCAACAUCAUUUCAACAGGCAUUGGGAGAAUAUCCUCCUGCACCUGGUUCGCCAACGUCUCUCACACCAGUUUUAGUUGAAAGCCAAAUCCAGAGAUUAGCUGAAGCUGCUGACCUUUUAGUUAAAACAUUACCUCCUUUUGAUCCUAAGCCUCAAAAUAAUAAAAAGAAAAUAUGCAAAGAUUUAGAAUAUGUGAUGAACAUGCCCGAGGAUGAUCCUAGGAGGAUGGAUGAAAUAAGGAAAUAUGCUGCCAUCUAUGGAAGAUUUGAUUGUAAGAGAAAGCCGGAAAAACCCCUCACUUUGCACGAGGUAUCUGUUAAUGAAGCAGCUGCCCAAAUAUGCAAACAUGUUCCGGCCCUUUUAACUAGACGAGAUGAGCUUUUUCCAUUGGCUAGGCAGGUUGUCCGUGACAGUGGCUAUCAAUAUUCAAAGGGACAUUCAAGGUCUCAGUGUUAUUCCAGAAAUUUCGAUGAUGAAAGUUGCAAAAGAUUAAGGUUCGAUGGUAGUCCUGGUGCUUUACCGGAUCCUAAUCAAAUGGAGGAAGAACGAAAGAGAAGACAAGAUAGACUUGAAGCUGUAACUGAACAGAUAAAAUUGCUAACUGGCCAACAGCUUGACCUAAAAACUGGGCUUCAACAAUCCAAAGAUACUCACAACAUUGCUGCUGUAGGUCAAAUACAGACACAGCUAGAUGUUCUUGCCACUCAGCAUUAUCAAUUAGUCAAUGAACAGAGUGAAUUGAGUAGACAAUUGAAGAGGUUAGACAGAUACUUUACGGAAUAUCGAUAUGGAAUUCGUUCUUCAUGUUCUGAAAAUGAUAAGAUUGAUACUGAUGAUACAGAUUCUCAGUUUUCUGUCUAUAGCUACGAAUCUUCGGGUCAUGAGGCAAAUGAAUCGCCAUCUCAUGAUUCAAACAUGUCCGUUCAAACCAACGAUGGAUCUGUGAAAAAUAAUGCUGGUAAAAAAACGAACCAUAUAACAAAGCAACUUGUUCAAGAAACCCUUAUGGAUGAAGGGCUUCGAGUUGUUAAAGAAUUAGCUAAUCAAAUAAAAGAUGAAACGGAUCAUGUAUCUAAGCCUGAAGGUAGACCUAGGGGCCGUCCACCACGAUUAGAAAGAGAUUAUAUUCUUACUACAGCCGGCUCAACCACUCCUAAACAUUAUACGGACUUCAUAAAUAAUAUACGAAAUGCAACUGCUCCUGUGACUCCCAUUCAAAAUGGACACAGUCCGACAUCUGUCGGUGUGCCUUCCGAAACUGAAUGUCAUAAUGGCAUGAUUAUGAACUUAAGGUCACAUCAAGUGUCUGAAAGGAACAAUAUUUCAAUGAAUAACUCUGACAAUAAUCAUACAAUGUUAGAUCUGCAAGAUGAUGUUGUAAGUAAUGAAUCAGAAAGCAGUCUAAAAGCCCUUCUUGCCUUUUCUCAAAAGGGCAUAAAACAAGAACCUUCAUCUCCAAACAGUGUGAAAAUGGACUGAUUGAUAUUUUUGUUAGAAUAAGCUAAAGUAUGUGAUAUUUUCUGUAUCAUCAUUGCACUUGCCAUUUUCAAAACGGCGAAAAACUCUGAAUGCUAAGCCAUAAUUGUACUACAGUUGACUGACAACAAAAUAUUGAAGGCAAUGGUAUGGAUUCAGAGUUUCAAUUGAACUAUAUGCAAUGGAUACAGUUGGCAGAAUUACUGCUGUUGUGCAAUAUGUAACAUAUGUACAGGCAAUAUUAAUAAAUUACAUUUAUGGCUCUAUAUUCCCUGCCCAUCAGUCUAUGUUGUUUGACUGCAACAAAGAUUUGAAAAAAAAGUCUGUGAUUUUUUUCGUUAUCCGUUUACUGUGAUGGAUAUUACAGAUCUGUGGAAGCAAGUGAUUGAUAGAUACGAAAAUGUUUAUGUGUUCAGUUAAAUGAAAUACCAUCAGCAGUCAUUCUCUAAUUUUUGCCAAUCCAGUUCAUAAUUGAAAUGUAGUUUAAUACGCAUAGAAAUCAUUCAUCAAUUGUUGUUAGUUAUUUGAACACUGACAGUGAUUUUUAAUUUUAUGCCCACCCACUAUUAAAAAUUGUUGGGCUGUUUUGUGGUGCUUUCACGGAAUAUUUCCAAUUUCUUUUUCAUCACCUGUAUUGUUACAUAAAUAUAAUUUUUUUUGUAAACAUAUUUACUUUGAUCCUCAGUAUUCUGUAUUAUAUUAAAUUAUCUUUAAAAAAUAAAUAUAUGAACUAGAGAGACAUUUAUAUAAUAGAUAUAUCUAUACAUUUAUAUGCAUAUCGAUUACAAAUUUCAAUAUUAUUUUUAUGAUUGGAAAUAUAAAACAGAUUCAUAAAUAGCGAGUUUAACUAGUCAAAAAUGUAAUAUAAUUGUUCACAUUUAUUUACUAUUUAGUUAUAUCGAGUUUCUUACAGUAAUUUACACUCACGUUACGCAUAUCUUUUUUCAAGAAUUUUCAACCAUUUAUGGGUGAGUUUUAAAAGACAUUCAAAAUUAUGGAAAGGCAUUUAUGGCGAAAUUUUUGAAAUAGAAUUUUAAAAAAAUAGGCAAAUGCUGUCUAGUUAUAAGGAUUUCUUUUUUAAAUCUUGUUUGUUAUCUGAAAAAAAAGAAUAGUGUUUGACGAAUGAACACGAAAAACUAAUUAUUGUAUGCUAUAUUUUUCAAAAAUAUUUAGUAUUCAUUUUAUUUUGUUUGUAAAUUUUGAUCUAAAAUUUAAAGAAAUUGAAGAAAAAGAAAAGAAAAAAAAAGAAAAACAUGUAUACCACACUAAUAUAUUAUUUUGCAUUAUUAAUUUAAUAUGAACUAAUACUUAUUAUGUGUUUCAUAUUCAAUUAACGCACGAAUUUACGAAAUAAAGAGCUUAAAGGUGAAUUUCAUUGAAUGUUAUCUUUAUUUUUUUCCAACAACUGAAAAAAAAUUAUAUGCACCCAUCAAUGGUACUAAAAUAUUAUUGCUUUUACUUUAUUAUUUUGAUAUAUUUAUAUAUUGAAAAUGUAAGUCUAUUAUUAUGUGUAUUAUCAUUUAAAUUGUAUUUAAACAAUAGCUUUCAAAGGCUAUCAAAGAAUUAACGGUAUUGUUUUAUUAUUUAUAGAAAUUUUACUGUGAACUUACUUAGUGAACAAUUUUUAGUUGUAACUGUGUUAAUUUCAAAUUUUACUUUUGUUAUUUUUUUUUUCGUAUUAUCUUUUUUUAAUACAAAACACUUCGCAUAAUUUAAUGCACUAAAUUAAUAACAAGGCAUCAUUUUUUAUUCCUUUAAAACUGAACAGUAUAAUUCCUGAAUUUUAGUGAAGCUUAAAGCCCAUUUUUAAAUACAUAAAUGUGUUUCAAAAACUUAUAAUUCGUAUGUCUAACAUUAUGCUUUCAUACAUUCCUGUUUUUUCUGAACUUAAUUAUCUAGUUAUUGAACUUAAUUACCUAAGCUUAAUAAUAGAAUCUAAUUAUUAAUUACGAAAAGGAUAUAAGUAUCCGCCACUUCAAAUUCUAAGUGAUGACAGCAGUAGGCCUAAAAUUGGUGUAUAGUUAUUGUAAAGUUUCUAAGAGCAAUUCAGUGAGACAGCUUAUAGAGCCAUCUAGUGACGAGUUUUGGAGUUAGCUUCCUUAAUUUUUACCAUUACCUUUUCGAGUUUAUUACCAUCGCAGUUAUACUGUUACACCAUGACUAGUUGACCCAGUAAGCUGCCUUUUUUUUCCUCUCUUAAAGCGUUUCAUUAAAUUCCAUUUUUUGGAAAAUCAUCAUAUUAAGCCAGCAUUGCUCUACAUUUUGUAAUUUACUUUUUUCUCUUACUGCCUUUGAAAUUCGAGCACUAGUUCCAAAGUUUAUCGCUGGGUGGCUCUGUAAGUGGUUUUAUAUCGGUAACAACCACUUUUCAAUAUCUAGACUCUAUUUUCAUGACUAUAGCUGCCAUCAUGAGAAAAUGAAAUAUUGACUUAAUUUUGCAACAAGUAUAAUAUCCUAUAACAUUAACAUUAAUAUAGCCACAAUUUAUGUAAUUAUGGAUUACUUAUUUCUUUUCUAUAAAGAGAAUUUAGCAUUUUGUGCAAAGUUGAUUGUAAAUAGUUGGAGAAUACGAAUUUCAACUUAGAACCUGUACAGUUUCUAUACAGCAUUUAUUUUCUAACUCAAACUAAUUUGUGAUAUUGUUAAUAUAAAAACGUUCACACAUAAAAUAGCAAAAACAUACAUAAAUAAAUUAAUGUGAUAUUAAAUACGGUGAUUCCAGUGAUGUCUUUCUUUGUAAAUUGUGGAAAAUAUUAUUGGGUGAUAGAUUCUUAAGUACAUUAGUGUUGAGAAUUUUUUAUGUAUUGUUUAGAUUCAAAUUAUUUGUAUUUUUUACUAUUUUCACAGAUUAUUUUAUUUGCAUUUUGGUGUGUUCAUUGUGUUUCAUUUGAGUUUUUCUUCGACAGUUAUAUUUUUGUAAGACAAUAGUGUUUGCUGUAGAAAAGAUCCACGAAUUGCUGCAGAUCUGUAUACCAUUAUAUAUGUCUUAUUUGUUUUGUCAAAUACAAUCUUGUUUUCAAAAAACA